GUCGGAACGUAACGUCAGCUUCUUGCCACGGGAAGUAUGAGUAUUUUAUAGAAGUAAAAGACGAAGCAGUCGAGCUGCGCUUUAACCAUUUUCAUAGUAUGGCAAUGCCUGGGGGUCAAGGUGCGCCCUAUGGACCCGUUCCUUAUGGCCGGCCGGGAGCACCUUCUUCUGGGGUCGCAGAAGGGACAAGUCCCCAUGCUGUUCCUUAUGGGGACAGUGCCCAACACAUGGCCAAGGAAGCCCACCAGCUUCGACCUCUGCCUUCAGGGGUUAUGACCCAUCCUUCGUCAACACAGUCAAAGCCCAAUGGGCCAACUGUGAAUGGCAGCUGGGCUCAUCUGGGUGGGGGAUACUCCAAUGGACCUGCAUCAAAGGUCUCCCCGCACCAACAGCAAGUGCCUUCCUUGAGUCCUGCAGGUGUGCCAUCAAGCAGAGUAAGCCAGGGUUACCAGCACCCUGGUUCAAGUCCUUUAGUGACACCUACAGCAUCUG